CGGCCAUCCCCGCGCGGGGGAGGCGCGGCCAUGGCUGCGCCCUGAGGAGCGAGAGGCGGCCCCGUCGGUGCAGCAGUUCUUCACUUUUGCCUAAAAUGGCCAAGCAAAAUUCUCCAUCACUGGUUGAAGUUGUAAAAGAAGUUGCAGAGCGGCAGCAUUUGCAGGCAUCAGAGAUAGAAAAAAGCAAAACAGUUCUUUUCCAAUUGCAGGCAAAGUUUCAGGAACUAGAAAAGGAAAUGAAUUCUAUUCUGUUAGAAAAAAAGGCAACAGAAAGGGAAAUACAUCUGCAAGAUGAUGCCAUAGAAGUGACAAAAUAUCACUGUGAAAAUCUGGAGGCCCAAGUCAGAGCCCAGUAUUCUGAAAAUUUAAAGCUGAGGUGUGAUGCAGAAACAGUGCAAGAAGAAUUUGAGGUGAUACUUGCAAGAAAUAAUGAAUAUCGGGAAAAAAUAAAGAAUCAUAAACAUCUCUUUUGGGAGAUGGAUAAUAAAAUGCCAAUAAUGAUUGAGCUUGCUAAAAAGAAGGCUAUUGUUGAAGAAUUAAAGACAAAGAAAGAGGAGUUAAUGCAUGAUCUCCAGAAUCCAGAAGGAUCUGUAAUAAAACAAGUACAGGAAGAAAUUGCACUUCUAAAAAGUGAAAUCACAACAUUGAAAGAUUUCAUCAAUCAAAAAACAGAUUUGCUGGAAGAAGAGAAAAAAAAGCAUGCUAAGCUUAGAAAAGAAAUUGAGGUACAGAAUAAAAGAUAUGAUGCUAUUUUAAAACGUUUGCAUUGCCAACUGAACAAAGUCCAUUCAAAUAAAAGACAAUGGCACUGGAACAUUCAGCAGUUGGAGAAGAAGGCAACAGAACUAAGAAAGUGUCUUGGAGUAGUGGAGUUACAAAAUAUCAUGUAACAAACAUAACAAAGCUAGAAUGUAGGUAAUCUUUUCCAGGCAGGGGAGGCUUUUGUUGUGGAAAUACUACAACUCUUAAAUAGCAUGGUAACUGGGCCAGACCUCAUUGAUUUCUUUCUUUUUAAAGUUUUUUGCAUUUUCAUUUUCUAGACUAAACUAAAAUGGUUUUCUGUUUGGUUGGGCUUUUUCGGUUUUGGGAGUUUUGU